AUGAAUAAUUAUAUCUCAUAUCAUGAUGGGAAUAUUAAUGAAUAUAUUUUUGAUGAUGAUUCUAUUGAUAGAAAACAUCAUUUAUACAAUUCACUAGCAUCUGGUCAAGUUCAACGACCCAAUAUAAAUCCUUCAAUUUAUCCAAUAUUACAUCAAACUUUAUCGACUGUUCCAGCAAAUCAAAUCUAUAUACACCAACAACGAGAUAUUUUAGCAAAAAAUUAUCGUCGUAUAUCAAUUAAUGAUGAUAUUAUUACAAUUGAUCAUAAUGAUGCUGAUACUUCAUUUAUAUUACCAAAUUUAUAUGAAUUACCAGAAGAUAUUCGUAUUCGUGUUAUGGAUAAUCUUGUUGAUAUACCAACAAUGGUAUCAUUGGAAGAAACAAGACGUCUCAAUUGGUGGGUUAAUAAAAAAUUACCAUGUUCGAAAUUAUAUCCUUUAGUAACAAGCGGAGAUGGAAAUUGUUUAUUACAUGCAACAUCACUGGCAAUGUGGGGUUUUCAUGAUCAUUCAUUAUCAAUGCGUAAAGCAUUAAAUGAAACAUUAAUUACAUCAAAACCAAAUAAUUCACUUUAUCGACGUUGGCGUUGGACUCAAUCAGUACAAAAUAAAAAAUAUGGUCUGGUUUUUUCUGAACAAGAAUGGAAUGAAGAAUGGAGAAGUUUAUUACGAUUAUCAUCAGCUGAACCACGUGUUUCACAAACAAAAUCAUCCGAUUUAAAUUCUUCAAUUGAUGAAAUCAAUUAUUCAAAAUCAUCUCAAACAAAUACUGAUCUUCCAACAAAAUCUUCAUCACAAUCAACUCGACAAUAUUAUGAAAGUUUAGAAGAAUUUCAUGUUUAUGUUCUUGCAAAUAAUAUUCGUCGACCGAUUAUUAUCUAUUCAGAUACAAUAUUACGUACGAAUGAUGGUGAAGCUAUUUCACCGAUUGAAUUCGGUGGAAUUUAUUUACCAUUAGAAAUUUCACCUGACAAAUGUCAUAAACAACCGAUAUUUUUGGCAUAUGAUGCUGCACAUUUUUCAGCUCUUCUACCUAUGGAACAAAAUAGUAAAUCAACAUCAAAAAUUACUUAUCGAAUACCUUUAAUUGAUAUCGAAACAUUGGAUAUAUUACCAUUACAUUUUUAUAUUGAUCCUGGUUUAAAUUUUCAAUGGCCAAUUGAUGAAGAAUUAUCUGAUGAUAAAAUUCAUUUCUAUACAAAUUAUGGAGAAAAUCGAAUGGAUAUACUUGAAAAAUAUUUAAAUUUAUCAAAAGAAUAUAUUCCACUAAAUAAUUUAUUUUCACAAACAAUAAAAACAAAACAUGAUAAUCGUAUAUCAACAAUAACAACAGAUAUAAAUAUAUCAAAUGAAUUAAAUUCAACAAUAACAAAUAAAAAAAUUUCUCGUCCAUCAUUAAAUUCAUUUUCAAAAAUAUUUCGUCGAACAUUUAUUGAACCAUUUUCAUCAACUAAACGUNGAAAUAAAUAA